AUGCAAAAACUGCGCAGUCGUGUCGCCCUGAUUGUCUUUUCCAUCACUCUUCUCUUCUUUACUUUGCAGUAUUUACAUGUACAUGUACUUAAUCAGGGCCACGAUGACAGCUACAACUCGCUCGUCUCGUUACACACAGAUCCGGACGCAGCGCAAGCCUUCAUCGAUGAGCCUGUGGUAGCACCAUUCAAACAUAAGUUCUGGGAAGUGGGCAGCCGAUCGACGCAGAUCAGAGAAUGGAUUGGCCUCCUCGAGCACGAGGCUCGCGGCUCUGACGAAAUACUCAACGUCCUCAAGCAUGUCGAGAAGGCCGCCGUGUCUUUGUUCCCGUUUAUACCGCCAUCAUCAGACGGCUUGCCCUUGUCGAGCCUCUUCCAUUUGUCUGAGAAAGGCAGCAAGGGCAUAGUCAUGUCCGUCGGAGGACCGGACAUCAACAUCCGUUUCGCAGGACAUCUGAUAUCCGCUCUACGACAGGUUUUGAAGUGCCAGCUCCCUCUGGAGAUCACCUACGCGGGAGAGGACGACCUGCCGAUCCGGUAUCGGGAAGCCCUUGCAUCGCUCGAUGAAACCGGUCAGAUCUCGUUUGUGGACAUGCUCACGGUUUUCGACGACAAGACUCUUCGCUUGAGGCAAAACGGAUGGGCCAUCAAACCAUUUUCCGUCCUGGCCUCACGAUUCGAGCAGGUUCUACUGGUCGACUGUGACAGCGUCUUUCUCCAAGACCCCGAAAGCCUAUUUUAUCAGCGACCCUAUGUCGACAAUGGCGCAUACCUCUUUCAUGAUCGGCUCCUUUGGCAACACGCGUUCAAGGGCAGGCAUGAGUGGUUCCACGAUCAGAUUAAAGAGCCCUCGCCCGCUCUGAAUAAAUCCCUGGUAUGGACGGAGGAGUAUGCCGAGGAGUGCGACUCUGGCGUUGUCGUACUCGACAAGUCGCGGCCCGACGUCUUCUUCGGGCUACUGCACACAGCAUGGCAGAACACGUACGACGUACGUGAGGAGGUCACCUACAAAAUAACAUACGGGGACAAAGAAUCAUGGUGGCUGGGCCUGGAGCUGGCAGGGGCCGCGUACAAGUUUGAAGAGCGCUACGGCUCCAUGCUGGGGUGGGAAACAAAAUCAGCGAGCGAAGACGGAAAGGAAACGGCUGAGGUGUGCAGCUUUGUCAUUGCACAUACCGACCCCAAGGGGAACCUGCUAUGGUUCAAUGGAAGCCUGCUGAAGAACAAGCUCAAAGAGCCGGAUGCUUACGAUGUACCCGACGCGUGGAUGAUGGAUGGCACAUGGAGAAAAGGGGCGACCAAGCAGGAUAUGAGCUGCAUGGUGGAUGCGCCCUCGAAGAGGCUCAGCAAAGAGGAGCAUCACAUUCUUCAAAGGAGUAUGGAAGAAGCGAUGGCGGUAGACGCACUCAUGAAGUCUGUCGUUGUAGCGUAG